GUGUCCGGCCCAGGGCCCCCCCCCCCCCCCCCGAAGGCGUGUCCGGCCGCAGCCGAGGCCCUCCCGGAGUUGCCCGAGAGUAGGGGCGUUCGGCGGCGCUAGUCUUCAGGGGAGCGCCAGGCGCACACCGGACCACUACGGGAGGCCUAGCGCCGAGGGCCGAGGACUUGGCCUGCGCCCGCCGACCCCAGCUACCCUCCGCAGUCGCCCAGGCGUCCCUUCCUCCCCAAGCCCAGCGGCGCCGGGCCCGGGGCCGGGGUCGGCAGGCGCAGGCGCAUUGGACGCCCCCGGCCCCCCCCUCCACCCCGCCGCGUCCCGCCCCGUCCCGCCCCGUCCGCUGCCCGUCCUAGGAGGCGGAGGGCGAUGACGUCAUCGAGCGGGGCGACGGGCAUUGGGCGCCAUUUUGAAAAGGGAAAAAUAUCGCUCCCCGGCGGCGGCGGCGGCGGCGGCGGCGGCCGGGGCUGAGCGCUCGGCUGUAGCGGCGCGGAGGCCGUCUCCCUGGUCUGCCGCGGUCCCCGCCCGUCCCGCCGCCGGCUGCCAUGGCAGGAGCCGGAGGCGGCGGCUGCCCCGCGGGCGGCAACGACUUCCAGUGGUGCUUCUCGCAGGUCAAGGGGGCCAUCGACGAGGACGUGGCCGAAGCGGACGUCAUUUCCACCGUCGAGUUUAAUUACUCUGGAGAUCUUCUUGCAACAGGAGACAAGGGCGGCAGAGUUGUUAUUUUUCAGCGUGAACAAGAGAACAAAAGCCGCCCUCAUUCUAGGGGAGAAUAUAAUGUUUACAGCACUUUUCAAAGUCAUGAACCAGAGUUUGACUAUUUGAAAAGUCUAGAAAUUGAGGAAAAAAUUAAUAAAAUUAGGUGGUUACCACAACAGAAUGCUGCUCAUUUUCUACUCUCUACAAAUGAUAAAACUAUAAAAUUAUGGAAAAUAAGUGAACGGGAUAAAAGAGCAGAAGGUUAUAACCUGAAGGACGAAGAUGGAAGACUUCGAGACCCAUUUAGAAUCACUGCACUACGGGUCCCAAUAUUGAAGCCCAUGGAUCUUAUGGUAGAAGCGAGUCCACGGCGAAUUUUUGCAAAUGCUCACACAUAUCAUAUAAAUUCCAUUUCAGUAAAUAGUGAUCAUGAAACGUAUCUUUCUGCAGAUGACCUGAGAAUUAAUUUGUGGCACUUAGAAAUCACAGAUAGAAGCUUUAACAUCGUGGACAUCAAGCCUGCUAACAUGGAGGAGCUGACCGAAGUCAUCACCGCAGCCGAGUUCCACCCACACCAGUGCAACGUGUUCGUCUAUAGCAGCAGCAAAGGGACCAUCCGACUGUGCGACAUGCGCUCCUCGGCCCUGUGCGACAGACACUCCAAGUUUUUUGAAGAGCCUGAAGAUCCCAGCAGUAGGUCCUUCUUCUCAGAAAUAAUUUCAUCCAUAUCUGAUGUAAAAUUCAGUCAUAGUGGGCGGUACAUGAUGACCAGAGACUACCUGUCGGUGAAGGUGUGGGACCUCAACAUGGAGAGCAGGCCGGUGGAGACCCACCAAGUCCACGAGUACCUGCGCAGCAAGCUCUGCUCUCUCUAUGAGAACGACUGCAUCUUUGACAAGUUUGAGUGUUGCUGGAACGGUUCGGAUAGCGCCAUCAUGACCGGGUCCUACAACAACUUCUUCAGAAUGUUUGACAGAGACACGCGGAGGGAUGUGACCCUGGAGGCCUCGAGAGAGAGCAGCAAACCACGCGCCAGCCUCAAACCCAGGAAGGUGUGUACAGGGGGUAAGCGGAAGAAAGACGAGAUCAGUGUGGACAGUCUGGACUUCAACAAGAAGAUCCUGCACACGGCCUGGCACCCCGCGGACAAUGUCAUUGCCGUGGCUGCCACCAAUAACUUGUACAUAUUCCAGGACAAAAUCAACUAGGGACGUGAACGUGAGGACCAAGUCUUGUCUUGCAUAGUUAAGCCGAUCAUUUUUCUGUCAGAGAAAGGCAUCAUUGUCCGCUCCAUUAAGAACAGCGACGCACCUGCUGCUUCCCUUCACAGACACAGGAGAAAGCUGCCGCCGCUGGAGGCCCGGUGUGUUCCGCCUUUGGCGAGGCGCGAGGCAGGCGCUACUGCUCACAUGGAGACGCUCUCGAAGCAGAGUUGACACUGCUCCCAAAAGGCCAUUACUCAAAAGAAUAAAUGUAUUUAUUUCAGUCCAAGCCUUCCUUUCCAAUUUAUAGAACAAAAAAUUAACAUCCAAGAGAAAAGUUACUGUUGUCAGUUACCGCUCUUCCUUCGACUUUCCCUCUCUCUGCCAUCGCACUUGGGCCUUCACUGCAGCGUGGCGUGGCCACCGUCCGUGUCCUCUCAGCCUUCCUCUGAGCCCGGGUGGGCUCCGUGGAUGUGUGGAUGUGGCCCGAGCAGGCUCAGGCGGCCCCACUCACCCACAGCAUCCGCCGCCACCCCUUCGGGUGUGAGCACUCAAUAAAAACAACACGCUAUAAAAAGUGUUUUUAAAUCCAAACAUAA